AUAAUAAUAAUAAUAAUACGUCUGUACAUAUUAAAAUAGUAAUAAUGAUAUUAUUAUUAUGAUAUAGGUAGCUGCGGGAUCGACUCAUUGUUUUAAAGUGUUUUAACGGCGUGCGCGGGCGUGUGUGUUACGAAUACAAUCGCUACUAUAAUGGGUACAUAUUAUUAUGGUAGCGAUAUUAUACGACUCCGCGCGAGCAUGUGCACCGGACGCAGAGUCGUUUUUUCCGGUCAAACGCAGUCGCUCCGUCGUCGGAAACGGUCUUCCGGUACUCGAUUGAUCGCCAAGCUAACGUGCCGUAGUUAUAUAAAUCGUGAUUAUCAAUUUCUCAUCCAUUCCAGUCCAACAUGGCUUGCGAAUCUUCCACUCGUGUUCUGUUGGUCACGGCGAACAUUGGGUCGAUAUUCGAAAAUCCAAGUGUGAUGUUAAAAAUAUGGACUGAAGAAUUUUUAAACACUGUGAGCAGAUUGGAUCCAUAUUUUAUAGCUUUGCAUUGUCAAGAGGUUGGUGGGAAAAAUUACGAAGAAAGCAUGAAACACGUCAAUUUUUUUGUUAGUUUAUUGAUGACAAGCAAGGAGUUAAGGAUCUUCAACAGAGCUCAAGUAUUUCUUGAUGAAGAAUUCACAUCGGCAGAAAAUUUUACAGCUUUAGGAAACUUUUAUUUUAUACACGAAGCCAUAAAAGAAGCAUCUUUAUGGGAUUUUAAUGAACAAGAGUUUUUACCUGUCACUGAAAAAACCAUAUACUCUGGGAAUAUUGAACAUGUUUCUACAAAAGAAAAGUCAAAAUUUCCUCAAGAAUUUUUUCCAGAGUGUAAAUGGUCACGUAAAGGUUUUUUGAGAACUAGAUGGAAGUUAAAUGGUUCUGUAUUUGAUCUCAUAAAUAUUCAUUUGUUUCAUGAUGCUUCAAAUUUUACAGCGAUGCAAUCUCAUUCUUCCGUUUAUUCUGUUAUGAGACAAAAAGCACUGGAAUACACUUUAGAACGGUUUCGUAACUACGAUUUUGGAUUUGCUCCGUUUUUUUUAUUUGGAGAUUUUAAUUUUCGCACGGAUACCAAAGCUGUCAUAAUGAAAAUAGUUGAGGGGUUGGACAUGGUAAAAGAUGAUGUUGAUAAAGAGAACUUAGUUUUUCAGUAUACAGACAAUUCAAAAGAAGUUAUUUUUACUUUAAGAAAAAAAGAAUUUCGCCAUCUGGACCAUCAAAAUACAUUUAUGUCAAAAAGUGGAUCGUGGUUAAAAGAUUUUGAUCAUGAAUUAAAAUCUUUUGAAGAACAAUUAUUUGAAUUUCCUAUACAUUUUCAACCAAGUUAUCCAUUUGAAGAAAAUGAACAUGAAGGAAUGAACUAUAUGCAAACCAGAUGCCCAGCUUGGUGUGAUAGAGUGGUUUUAAGUACUGGUGCUAAACUUCUAAUAAAUGAAAAGGCAUUUGAAGAAGAUAAUUUUGGUGAAGUGGAAUAUGAUCUCAUUGGAAAGAAAACAUGCAUGGGAGAUCAUAAGCCUGUAUACUUGAAAUGUGACAUUAUGAACAAUGCAGGUUUUACAGAAGUAAAUGUUUGGGAAAGGACAUUGUUUGAUUCUAAACUCCCCGAUGACAAGAACUUCGUUCACUUAAAGGAGACUACUGUUUAAAUCAAGAAAUAGUAUUAAUUAUGAAUCAGGUUGUUUCAAAUGUUUCAUUAGUUAAUGGUACUUAUACUCCAGACUAUAUCCUUAAUUAGAAUCUUUUAAAUAUAAAUUAGAUAAUUGUGUUCAGUUCAAUAUAUUUGUAAUGUAUUUAUAUUUUAUAACUAUUUUAAUAUUCAAUGAUAAUAUUACUUAUUUUUAGGUAUUAGGUAAGGCUAACGUGUAGUGUUUCUGUUCCAUGAUUUGAUUAUGUUUGUUCUUAUUAUUUUCUUAGUAAUUAAUAUUUUUCAUACUGCAAGGUAUAUUUUUUAAUUUAAUUUUAAAUACUUAUACUAUUACAAUUUGUGUCAGAAAUGUUAAAACCAAAAAUUCCUUACUAAAAAGUACUAAAAUAUUAUUUAUCCACAACAAUUAUAGAUAUAUAUUCAAUCUUUCAUAUUUUUGUUCUCUUGUAUUGUUGUAUUAGAAAUUAUAUUCAUAAUAAAUAAACCUGUUAUAGUAGUGCAUACCAUUCUAGUUCACAUUAUUUAAAUGGUUAUUAUUCUAAAAUAUUGUUAUUCACUACUUUAUACCCCUAGGUAGGUAUAUUAAAUCAAUGGGUAAAUAGAUUGGUGGUUAUACAUCAAUUUAUUCAAUUUUCAAAAUGCAUAUGCUUAUUUACAAAAAGAUACAUUUAAAUUGAAAAUUCAUCCAUUGGAAUAUUAUUUUGUGUGAUAUUUAUACUAGUCACUACUAACUUAAAUCAAAAGACAAAAAAAAAAUUAACUCAUGAUAAUAAGUUAUAAGCUCUUAUUUUAGAAAAAUUUCCAAAGUUUAAUUACAUAGAUUAGAGGUUUCCAAACUGGGUCGGGGCCCACUUUUGGGCCGCGAUUAUAUUUUUGGUUUGUCACAUUAUGUUUUGGAAUAUUUAUAUACUUUUAUAAUAUAAAAUAUUUAAUAUUCAAUUUCUAUAGAAUACCUAUAUAAAUAUACAAAAGAAAAGACAUUCCUACUAUGAUUGAGUAUUUUCCGUGUAACAGAAAUAAUCUUACAUUGAUGUUCGAAUUAAGUUCUAUCAUUGGCCAUUUCCAUUGAUUUCUUUUGAUUUCCAUUAUCAUUGAUCAUUAUCCACGACGAUUACAAGUGUACCAGUGACGUGUCACCAAGACGCUGUUAGAAUGAAAGUCAUCACAAAAUAACGAUUAUUAAUGAAAAUAUCCUUAGUACCUAUAGAGUAGGUUGUGGAUCGUCAAAAUUUGAACAUUUUACAAUGUGUCGUACCGUGAAAAGUUAUUGGGAACCUCUGAUAUAUAUAUAUACAUUUCAUUUCACUAGGGAUAAAAAUAAUGUAGUUGUAAUUUUAAUUGACUGUCGGAGAGAUGUUUUUAUCACGUACCUGCCUAUACCUAGUAAAAUGUUGAUAAAUAAACUAGUCAUAGAUUUUUCAAGAUGUAUAGCCUAUAGUUAUAGGUACCUUAAGUUUAAACAGGGCCCAAAUUGCUUUUAUUUUCAGGAAUCAUUUUAUUACAUUAUACUGAGCCUAUAGAAUGAACCAUUUACACGGAAUUCUGAAAAUGUAUUAUAUUUUAAUUUCAUUAAAUAAUUAUUGGAGAUUCCUAGUUAACCAUAUCAAAUAAAUUAGUUUUUUAAAUUCAAAACAAUAUCUAAUAAUAAAUCCUUUUAAUCGUAUUACUAUUAUUUUUAUAUUUAAUUUAUCUUUAGACAGUUAUCCAUUUUUUAUUCAACUCAUUUAAGUAUUAUGCAAGUGUUCAUUCAUUCAAUAUUUCACUAUUAUGGUAUACAUUAAACGUGUUUUCUGGAAACAUUAGACCUUGUAAACUAUGCCUAGUACCUACACACUACGAAACACUAGGACUAGGCAUUUAGUAAAUGCCUAUUAAUAAUACAUUUUUGGAACCGCAGAAUUAUGCAGAUAAAAUUUAUUCCGGGGCCGUAUAAUUACCAUACCGCCUAGCCAUAGUGAUACGCCUAGAUAUACGGAAUUUUCUCGGCAAUAAUUAUUUGUUUUAUUUAAUUUCAUUAAUUAUUAGGACAUAUGAUUGAAUUAAGUACUAUUGUGAAGCUGAAUACAUAACAAUUUAAAGUUAAUCCCCUACUAAAAAUUUUUUUUUUAUUUUCACACGUUUAUUUAUCUAAAUGAAUUGUACUGAUUUUAAUUACUUACUGGUUGCUUAUAUUUUAAUGGUAUAACACUGUUUAAUAGUUCCUACUUUUAAAAUUGAAAUCGUAAUAAUAUCAUGCACAAUGGAGUGACUUUUUGCAAGUUGUUUAGCCUGUUUAGGUAAUCCUUAAUGCCCGAGCCAUAUGUCUAUGUCGGUAUUAAAUAAGUGGUAUGGUAUAAUGUAAUAAUUAUUUUUCCAACGAUACCUAUAGAAAAUCAUAUACUCACAAAAUGUAACGCGUUUACUGUAUUUAUUUGAUUAUCAGGUAUAGUGUCGUAAAUGAAAUACAAAACCUUAAACACGAAAAGCUUAGCUGUAUACAAAUCAACGUACAUAAUAUACGAUAUACCUAUAUUAUAUAGUAAAUAAUAAUAUAUGUCAUUGUCCUAUACUCAUAAACCUAAACUACAAUAGGUAUUAUACUGGUUACUGGUAUACAAACUUUCAAGGCAUAGUCAUUAUACUCGUUAAUAUAAUAAUAUAGAUAAUAUUUUACUAUAUGAUAACAUAUAAUAUAAUAUAUUAUAUUUAUAAUUAUUAUUUCAACUUCUUAAUCGCUGUAAUACGUGUCUACAUAAUAAGUACGCGUAUAAUAUAUUAUUAAUUAUUAUUAUUAAUUAUCUGUGUAUAUAGUCGCCUAAAAAUUUGAUUCAAUUAAUGAGAAUUAGUUCCUUUAUUUAUUACUUAUAAAGUUAUAAGUUAUAACAUAGUAGUAUUACCCGUGUUUAGGCUGUGUGUUUAUUCUGUAUAUUAUUAUGUACACAAUAAUAUAAUGAUUAUACUUAUUCCAUUCGAAUUUAAUUUGUUUGUACAAUAUUUACGUACCCAACUGAGUGUGUUAUUAGUAUGUGAUACGUCAAACGCAUGUAUUAAUUAAUUCUUCAAUUUAAAUUAAAAGAAUUGUAGCGUAAAGUUUUGGCGAAACAAAACAAAAAAAAUAUAUUAUCAUUAUGUAAUUGUAAUAUUCCGUAUUUAUGUUUAUAUAAUAUUAUUUAAAUAUUUGAAAACACUCAAAUAGGUUUUUUGAUAAUGAAAAUUGAAAACUACGUAGAACAAUUAUUAUAUUGAUCCUUUUACCGGUGUACCGCCCAACUACAUAUAAUAAUUUGUAAUUGAUAUAAAAUAAAUAAUUAUAUAUUUGUUACGUACGGAUGUCGCGGGCAAUUUUAAGUUUGAGAAGUUUACCGAAUAGUUAUUAUUAACACAUUGCACACAAUUCACAACUGAUGUUUGAUAAUAUACCUAGGCGUGCAAUGAUAUUGAAAUUCGACUUUUAGACUAUUCAAUCACAAUAUAGAUUAAUACAUAUAAUAUGCAUUAUAUAUUUUCUUCAAUUUCCAUUGACGUCUUAUAUUAUUAUAUAAUCAAAUAAAUAUUAUACAUCGCAUAAGUACAUAACAUAUGCAUCAUAUUAUUGGUACCUAUAUAUUAUACUAUCUGCCGUCCAGAAUUUUGAAAGUUUCGAAACAAUAACUACGGGUUCAUCGUGUUUAUCAAAUCAAAGCGAUAAAAGACCUUAAACACCUAUAUAAUUAUAUAUAAGUAGGUGUUAUUAAUUUACUUUUCCAUCUACGAUAUUAUUAUAUUAUUAGGUAUACGGCAGGCACUUGCCACAAAGUUCACUGCGCAUUUCUGCAUAUUGUGCGAAUUGAUAUAUUUUUAUUUAUCGCGCACAUUAAAUAUAAUAUAUGAAAUAUAUUAAUAAUAAUGAUAUCGUGAAACAAAACGUGUCUUAAGUCUGUAGGUACCUACCUAUAUUUAUUAAUUAUUAUCAUGUAUAUAAAUAUUACAUUACACACUUACACUGUUAUUGAUUACGAUUGCAACGCGGCGUUGCAUCACUUCUCAUUAGACAUUAAUAUUAUUUAUCAAUGAGUAUAAUUUAUACGUAAGAAUGGUAUUAUACCUUACCUACCUUACUAUACCUUACCUACCUACAUAUUGGGUACGUUAUGGUUUUUAUUCACAUCACACGAGUGGUCAGUAUAAUAUAGACAAUAUAUAAUAUUAUAAUAUAGGUAAAUAAUUGUAUAAUAUAGGUAGGUAAUGUUAAUGUAUUACGAUACCAUUUCGAUUUUGCAAGACAGACGGUCACUCGUAUUUUGUACCUAUUAGUUAUUAAUUUAUUAUAUUACCUAAUAUUAUUAUUUAUUAUUAUUAUACUUAGAUAUUAAUAUUACCUACUUUUUUUUGUAUUAUGUGGUUAUGAUUAAUAACUAUUAUUAUAUUAAUUUAUUUGUUUUAUUUAUUUAUUUAAUUGUUAUAAUUAUUAUUAUUUAAUCGUGGCGAUUCAAAUCGCCACAUUAUUGAUGUACACAGAUGUAUGGAAAUAUAUUUUAUUAUUUUUAAAUAUGUACAUUUAUGACGUGAUCGUGAAAAACUAUGUAUUUCGUAUAGGAAUGAUUCAAUCAAAACGGUAUACGGUGACAAUCAAAUAUAUAGAUAUUGUUUUGAAAAUCGUUUAUUUCCACGCACUUUCUGAUACCUACCUAUCUAAUAUAAUAUUAUAUUAUUAUAAUAAUAUAUAUAAUUAUUAUAAUAUUAUAUAUAUGACAUACGUGUUUGUUGAUUGUUUCGUUUUUAAAAUCAUAUUAUUAUAUAAUAUUAAAGUAUUAAACUAUUAUACAAUAUUGAUAUAGUUAAUUGUUACUAUAGUGUUAAUUUUAAGUAUAUAUUUAUAUACACUUAUACCUAUAGUAUAAUACUAAAUACCUUUACCUGUACCUUAUACCAAAUUGUAUUUGUAUUAAUUAAAUUAAUAAAAUGUUAAAUGAAAAAAUGUAA